AUGUUGAUUUGUGUCAUAUAGGUAUUUUGUGGUAUUCUCAGUCACAUGAUUUUGAUCGUAUUUAAUGAAAUUAAUUAAUUUCGUUAAAGUAUUGUUGUUUAUUGUUAUUUGUUUUAUUUGUAUUUUUAGCAUUUUACAAUUCAUUUAUUCUUCAACAUGAUUUAAAAUGUCUAUUUGCCAAAUCGUAGGAUAGAAUGUUUAAUACCUAAGCUUUGUUUAUUUCAUCUAAUAUCUACCGUUGGAAAUUAGAAUAAAUCAUAGUAGUUUUGAAUAAUCUUUUCCAAAUUUUGAGCGUUAUCCCCAAGUUCAAAAGAUGACUUUGGAAACUAAAGAGGAUUUGGAAACAGAUAAUGUGGAUGUAGUAUGUGACUUACUGGAUAAACUUGUAUUGAAGCAACUGCAUUUGAUGGAGGAAAAAAUGGUGUGUGAAUUAAAUAUAGAAUCCUGUAUCAACAAUGGAAGUAUUCAUUUAGCAAAGUCUCGUUAUAUUAUGGGUCAGAGUUCUGUUAGCACAGCCAGAUUACCUAUGGAAAGUAGUCCAGAAUUCUCUGCUUUGACCACAUGUGAAACUACAGAGGAAGAUGAUGUGCAACAAUUGAAAGUGGUUGAGAAUAAUAAUAAGAGUAAAGUCAAUCCAAUACGCUGGUUUGGUGUGUUAGUGCCACAGAAUUUACAUAAGGCACAAAGCAUUUUUCAAAAUACUAUAAAUGUUGUUGUAGAAUGUGUUAAUGUACAAUUACAGUUGUUUGAAAAUAUGCGAAACAUUGAUGCAUUGAAAAAAUAUGUUUGUUUAGCUAAAUCAUGAACUAAUAAUAAACAGUAAAAAAAAGUAGGCAAGACAAACUACACAAUCUGUUAAAAUAAUUUUAUAUAUUAAGAAGUGUUGUUGUAUUAUAUUCCUAGGUAAAUAUUAACAUUGUGGAUUAAUGCUAUUUGUAUAAACAUGUUUCAAAUCAUUAAAAGUUAAAAUAUAUUGUUUUUCCUUUUAUGAAA